AGUGAAUUUCUACUUACUAUUUACCCGUAAACCACUUUCUAUUAAAUUCAUUUCAUAAUUUAUGAAAUCCACAGCAUUGAUUUAAUGCAUAAUAAUUGCACAGUUGUAAAUAAAUUAAACCACAGAAUAUUAUGCAUUGUCAUAAUAUUAGUCAUAUUGGUUAUUUUGUAUUUCUGCUGUACCGGAAGUUCAUUAUUCCUUCACACAUGUUUCAGUUGUUUUUGUAUUGUCAGGAGACAGAACAGGAAUGAGGUAUUGAGAUUAUAUAAUAGACAGGGGAGCAUACAAGAGGUGUAUCUGAAAGAUAAAACCAUUCAGCUGUGAUUUAAUUCAUGCUUGUUGAACGUGUGGCUGGCUAAUUAUUAGAAAAAACAAUAUCGAUGUGAUAGAAUGGGGGAAUGAUUUGGUAAUUUGAGUGAAAAUUGUUGUCCCUUCUGUUCGUUUAUGUAGUUUAUUGCUUUGGUUAACUAAUACAGAUGCUACAUGGAAUGAGGAGAUAUAAGGGAAAAUUAAAGGGGUCAUAUUAUGAGAUUUUUUUAAGAUGUAAAAUAAAUCUUUGGUGUCCCCAGAGUACGUAUGUGAAGUUUUAGCUCAAAAUACCUCACAGAUAUUUUAUUAUAGCAUGUUAAAAUUGCCACUUUGUAGCAAAAAUGUACCAAUUUUGGGUGUGUCCUUUAAACUGCAAAUGAGCUAAUGAAAUGCAAACACUGGUCGCAAUGAUGGUGGUUUGUUGUAAUUGAAACUCAAUUGUGCUUAUAUUUUUUCUGUCCUUUUUCUCUGCACUAAAUGGCAGUGCCAUGGUUGGAUAGUGGCAGUAUUAUUGUAAUUGAACUUCUACCUACAUAAAUCAGUGGAAAUCUGAACAACCUAAUUUUUCACAUGCUUGCAUAGAAUGGUUUACCAAAUUACUGGGUUACUGGGUUGUUCUUUUUUUACAUUUUCUAGGUUGAUAGGAGAACUGGGGACCCAAUUAUAGCACUUAAACAUGGAAAAAGUCAGAUUUUCAUGCUAUGACCCCUUUAAACAUAAUUGAUUUGUCUGUGGUCUGAGAAAUUGCUCAUUCCCCUAAAUAUUUUAGGCAUAAAUGCCAUUAAAUUUAGGGUUAGUUUUAGAUAUACCUUUUAUAAAAUAUAUACAUUUAAUCAGUGAGACAGUGCUGGCUGUGCUUUGUAAAUGCAAUAGGUACAUUUGUGAAUAUUUCAUACAGAGAACGGAACUCAUAACCUUGUUUAUACUAUGAUUGAUGUUGAAAAUAAACUGUGCACUCUCUAUAUUAUAUAUUUAGAGUUAUAUAUUUAUGUAUAGUGUGCAUUCUUUGCUGUAUAAUAUUCACACAGGGUUUCUGUUUUAAAUUGAGCUUCCACUGAGGAUGAACCCACUACAGAUCCACAAGUCUCAGUAACUUGAUUAGCCAAGCUGUCAGUAUUAAUAAGGCCAGACCUGAGAUCCAGAGUACGAGACCCAUCGCUGUGUCAGCUAGUUACCAAAGCCAAAAGGUGCACGGUAUUAUAUCUGUUGUGUUUUCUCGCCACAAUCAAUAUUUGAACUUUGGUUGAUGCAUCAUUCUGGGAAUGCUUGCAUUGUUUGUAUGUAAUACACAUUUGUGCAAAAACAUUUAAUGUUGCAGUACCUUUUAUAGUUUAUAGUUAAGCAAAUUGGUUUCAAAUAGCACUAUACUUUCCUUGUAACAAUUAAAACUUAAAUCAAUUUAGUAAAUAUUUAAUUACUUUAAGUAACCCUUCGUUUUAGUCUUUCUCUACUUAAUUUCUAUUUCAGGCACUGUUGUGCACAUAUUAGAUGUGCUGUUGAAUGCAUCCUGACACCACUCAUUAGUUUUAGCCCUUUAGUUAGGAACCACAGUGUGUGUAUAUCUGAGAUUGUUGUGUGGAGACGGAAGGGAAGGAAACGCUUUACAAAACCCCUGUCUCUUGGCAAGGGGAGGGCAAAUAGGACACAAACUGUGGGUGGACCUCUGAGACAAGCACCUUCAAAAAACAAGAGCACCACAAGUGCACACACUCGGAUAGAUUUGAGGAAACUGAGCUUAUUAGUUUAAGUGUAAUACCAUGGAUUAUAAAAGCGUAGGCUGACUGAUACCAAGUGCACAAACUAACUGUUAAGCAGAUUUGUUUCCCAGCAGAGACGGAUUUUUUUACUGUUGUUCCAGGAUUCCAAAAUGUCUGAUCCCACUCCGGAGACUCGCACCACUGCACCUGUGGUCCACCAGGACCGGAUUGAUAAUAAUGCCUGCGCUUCAUCAGAGCCUUCACCUGGACAUCUGAACCUGUCAUGCGGCCUCUACCAAUCAGACUCUGACCUGCUGGCUUCCCCUGAUUGUGAGGUUGAUGGGCCUCCAUACGGCCGAAGUGAAUCCCUGUCCGACUGUGUUGUCGAGAGGAAGGAAACCAAACAGAUGCCCUCGCUCGCCUCCGAAUGGGACGAGAUUGAAAAGAUCAUGACUCUAAUUGCCGGCUUCGAGAUCUCCGGGGAUCUUCAACCAGCUGUGGAAGAUGCAGCGGGUAGCCGCGUCCUGGAGCAGUCGGUGGGGGAGUGGCUGGAACACGUGGGUUUCCCUCAGUACGAGAGCAAACUGGUGCUCAACGGCUUCGAUGACCUGCGCUUCAUGGGGAGUAACGUGAUGGAAGAUGAGGACCUUCAAGAGAUUGGAAUCACUGAUCCUGGACACAGAAAGAAAAUCCUUCAUGCGGCUAAAACCCUGCCAAAGGUAAAAGCUUUGGGGUGUGAUGGUAGCACGUCUCUGUCUUCAUGGUUGGACACUCUUGGUCUUGGAGAAUAUCUGCACAACUUUCUCUCCAGCGGUUAUCGAACCCUGGACUGCGUGAAGAACUUAUGGGAACUUGAAAUCGUCAACGUGUUGAAAAUCGGCCUGCUUGGUCACAGAAAAAGGAUCAUUGCGUCAAUAGCGGAGCGGCCCUAUGAAGAAGCACCCUCGAAAUCAAACCGCUUCGCCCAGCUUAAGAUUCAGGACCUGUUGUCUCAGAACACAUCAUCACUGGGUUUUUUGGACCCGUACACCAGCCGCUCGAUGGAUAUGCUGCUUCCACUGGGGGAAUCGGGCCGAAAGAGUCGAGCAUUGGACCAGGACGGCACCAUCUCCCUCCGCUCCUUUGGUGAACGGUCACGCUCGCACGAUCGGCACGCAGAUCGACAGUCUCGUUUCAGCAUUCGUCCAUCCAGCCACUCCGCCACGUACACCACCGUCUCCACCUGGCACCAUCACCCUGAUAAACUCAUUACAGAGUCCUGCAUUUAUGAGGCCCGAUAUUUGGGCUCGGUGAUCAUUCGAGAUCUACGAGGGAUCGAGUCUACACAGGAGGCGUGUGCUAGAAUCAGGAAAUCUAAGGACCACCGGAAAGGUCCUGUCAUUGUUCUUCAUAUCACCUACAGAGGAGUCAAGUUUGUUGAUGCAGCCACAAAGGCAAUAGUUGCAGAACACGAGAUCCAGAAUAUCUCAUGUGCAGCCCAGGAUCCUGAUGACCUCUGUACAUUUGCCUACAUCACAAAAGACCUGAAGUCUGGUUAUCACUUCUGUCAUGUCUUCACUACGGUAGAGGUGACACAGACGUACGAGAUCAUUUUGACUCUGGGACAAGCGUUCGAGGUGGCCUAUCAGGUGGCUCUCCAAGCGCAGAAGGCCCGGCGUCACAGUUCCUUUGCAGGUCCAGCGACAGAAAAUAUAGAAAUCAAGAGCAGUCGGCCGACGUCUCAAUCCCGCAACAGUACGCGUCGCGCCGUAGGUGCACCUGUGCUUGAAUGCCGCUGCUGUUACUGUCACACGUGCUCCGCCCACCGCCCCUCCUACCUCCCGCUGCCCUCCCUCAGCCCUGGAGUUCAGGUUCUGCUCUCUUUCUCUUUCUAGCUGUCUCCUCCCUUCCACUUUUCACUUUACUAAUUUUCCUCUUAUGUUUUCACUAUUAUCCACUUAUUUUCCCCUCAUGCACAUCUUUGUUUGACACUAGCAACAGGUCACAAUUUUAAAAUGUGGUACAGUGAAGUCUGUUCAUCUUUUAAGGGAAAUGUCCAAAUGUGAGUUGCCAGUCUUGUAUAAUAUAGCGAUGAGGCGAUGGUCUUGUUUUGGCCUGAGGAUCUGCUCAUUAUGUUAGCAGACUACAGCUUGGUUGAGUGAAUCUCUCAGAAACCGGUAAUGAAAUGGGUCAUAUUUCACACCUGCAUCAAAUGAAUUUACAUUAAGGCAUUUAACAGAUGCUUUUCUUCAAAGCGACUUACAAAGAUUAGGAAACAAUAAAAGCGAUGUGUCAUAGGGAGGCAAUAGUACAAAAGAUGCUUAUACUGUCUAAGAUACAAGUUUUCACUAUUCCAAUAAGAGAUAUGAGAUAGAAAUGCAGUCAAUAUCCAUGUCAAGUAUUUUUGGAAGAGAUACCGAUAUUCAGUUACUAUCUACACUGCAAAAAUUAUUUUCAAGAAAAGAAAUUCUUAGUAUUUUUGUCUUGUUUUCAGUAAAAAAUCUAAAAAUUCUUAAAUUUAGAUGCUUUUUCUUUAUGAGCACAACGACCCAAGAAAAUAAGUCUAGUUUUUAGACCAAAAAUAUAAAAUUUAAGUGAUUUUGUGCAUAAAACAAGCAAAUAAAUCUGCCAAUGGGGUAAGCAAAAAAAUCUUGAAAAUUUUUCUUAAAGGAAUAGUCUACUCAUUUUCAAUAUUAAAAUAUGUUAUUACCUUAACUAAGAAUUGUUGAUACAUCCCUCUAUCAUCUGUGUGUGUGCACGUAAGCGCUGGAGCGCGCUGCGACGCUUCGAUAGCAUUUAGCUUAGCCCCAUUCAUUCAAUGGUACCAAUCAGAGAUAAAGUUAGAAGUGACCAAACACAUCAACGUUUUUCCUAUUUAAGAUGAGUAGUUAUACGAGCAAGUUUGGUGGUACAAAAUAAAACGUAGCGCUUUUCUAAGCGGAUUUAAAAGAGGAACUAUAUUUUAUGGCGUAAUAGCACUUUUGGGAGUACUUCGACUCGCCUGAAAAGUCUGCUCCCCUUCUCACUCUCAUAA